AUGGUUACUAGGCGAUCUGUUAGCAAGAAAGCAAAGUUAGCUUGGAUAGAAGUUAUGAAGCAGUUCGUCAGAGCUCUGGCAGCCUUCCUCAAAAAGUCUGGGAAGCUGAAAGUCCCCGAAUGGGUGGACACAGUCAAGCUGGCCAAACAUAAAGAGCUUGCCCCAUAUGAUGAGAACUGGUUCCACACACGAGCUGCUUCCACAGCACGGCACCUGUACCUCCGUGGUGGUGCAGGGGUUGGUUCCAUGACCAAGAUCUAUGGAGGACGGCAGAGAAACGGUGUUAGGCCCAGUCACUUCAGCAGAGGUUCUAAGAGUGUGGCCCGCUGGGUCCUCCAAGCCCUGGAGGGGUUGAAAAUGGUGGAAAAAGACCAAGAUGGGGGCCGCAAGCUAACACCCCAGGGACAGAGAGAUCUGGACAGGAUUGCCGGACAGGUGGCAGCUGCCAACAAGAAGCAUUAGAACAAAGGAUUCUGGGUUAAUAAAUUGCCUCAUUCAUAAAAA